CUGAACUGUAAUGCCACUUUCUGGUCCGGCACAACUCCACUGUCUGUGACAUCCUCCGCAUUCUCCAGAGAUCACUAGUCUAGUCACCUUAUUGCAACGGAGGACUCAUCAACAUCACCGGCAUCAACCAACCCAGCCUCUGCACCCCAUCCUUCGCUGUCCGCACUAUCUACUCACCGGGAAAGCUUCAAUCAGUAGAGACACCAAAUACUUAGGGAAGCUGAUGAAGCAGUGGCGACCUCCAUUUUAAUCUCCACAAGAACCAUCAAGGAUUCUGAACAACAACUCUAUUAGACAUUGACUUGGAGGAUGAAGACUGGCCUGAACUACUAACUGGCUUUUGGUAUUAUAACCCAGCAUACAUAGUAAGGCAACCAGAUUGGGGGAUGGUGUCUAUGAUACCUUCAUGAUGAUAGAUGAAACCAAAUGCCCACCCUGUUCGAAUGUACUCUGCAAUCCUUCCGAACCACCUCUACCCAGAAGACUAAAUACCACUGCCGAGCAGGUAGCAAGAGACCACACUCAGCGCUUUCUGAAUGGAGGUGAGGUGAAGGUGGAACAGCUGUUUCAGGAAUUUGGCAACCGAAGAUCCGAUACUCUCCAGUCGGAUGGCAUCAGCGACUCUGAGAAAUGCUCUCCUACCGUUUCUCAGGGUAAGAGUUCAGAUAGCUCGAAUGCGGUAAAACCCAGCAGUUCAGCCAAAGCAUCCAAAGUGGUGCCACUGACUCCAGAGCAAGCGCUGAAGCAGUAUAAACACCACCUCACUGCUUAUGAGAAGCUGGAGAUCGUCAACUAUCCAGAAAUUUACUUCGUGGGUCCAAAUGCCAAAAAGAGACAUGGAGUGAUCGGUGGUCCCAAUAACGGGGGGUACGAUGAUGCAGAUGGGGCCUAUAUUCAUGUACCUCGUGACCAUCUAGCUUAUCGAUAUGAGGUGCUGAAAAUUAUCGGCAAGGGGAGUUUUGGGCAAGUCGCCCGGGUCUACGAUCACAAACUCCGACAGUAUGUGGCCCUAAAAAUGGUGCGCAAUGAAAAGCGCUUCCAUCGGCAGGCAGCUGAGGAGAUCCGGAUUUUGGAGCAUCUCAAAAAGCAGGACAAAACUGGGAGCAUGAACGUCAUCCACAUGCUGGAAAGUUUCACAUUCCGGAAUCAUGUCUGCAUGGCCUUCGAAUUGCUGAGCAUAGACCUUUAUGAGCUAAUUAAAAAAAACAAGUUUCAGGGGUUUAGCGUCCAGUUAGUUCGCAAGUUUGCUCAAUCCAUCUUGCAAUCCUUGGAUGCUCUCCACAAAAAUAAGAUCAUUCACUGUGACCUGAAGCCAGAAAACAUUCUCCUGAAACACCACGGGCGCAGUGCAACCAAGGUCAUUGACUUUGGGUCCAGCUGCUUCGAAUACCAGAAGCUUUACACCUAUAUCCAGUCUCGGUUCUACAGAGCUCCGGAGAUCAUCUUAGGAAGCCGCUACAGCACGCCUAUAGACAUAUGGAGUUUUGGCUGCAUCCUCGCAGAACUUUUAACAGGACAGCCUCUCUUCCCGGGAGAGGAUGAGGGGGACCAGCUGGCCUGUAUGAUGGAGCUGCUAGGGAUGCCACCACCAAAACUUCUGGAGCAGUCCAAACGUGCCAAGUACUUUAUUAACUCCAAGGGCCUACCUCGCUACUGUUCUGUGACUACUCAGGCAGACGGGAGAGUCGUGCUUGUGGGGGGUCGCUCACGUAGGGGUAAAAAGCGGGGUCCGCCAGGCAGCAAGGACUGGGUGACAGCACUGAAGGGGUGUGACGACUGCUUGUUUAUAGAGUUUUUGAAAAGGUGUCUCCACUGGGACCCCUCUGCCCGUUUGACCCCGGCUCAAGCACUGAGACAUCCUUGGAUUAGUAAGUCUGUGCCCAGACCUCUGACCAUUGAAAAAGUGUCGGGUAAACGGGUGGUAAAUCCUGCAAAUGCUUUCCAGGGACUGGGUUCCAAGCUGCCUCCAGUUGUCGGAAUAGCCAAUAAGCUUAAAGCUAACUUGAUGUCAGAAUCCAACGGUGGUAUACCUCUGUGCAGUGUAUUGCCCAAACUCAUUAGCUAAUGGACAGUGCUGUGCUCAGAGAUGCAUAUGUAUGUAUUUUUAAUUGUCUUGCAAACCUGAACAUGGCGGAAAAAAAAAAAAAAAAAACACGAGCCCGUUGGUGGGUAUGUUUUUGUUAGACUAGAUUUCUUUUUUUUAACACGGCAAAACAUUUUUAUAUGUCUGUAACAGAACUCUUCAAGGGCUAAUGACCUAACCAGCCUGUGUUGGCCAUCCUGGAAUGUACAUUAAAUGACUUUUUAUAGGUCAGUG